AUGGCUAUGGCAACUCCACUCUACUCCGCCUGCCCAAUUCCCAGCAAAACCACCUCGACCCAACAUUUUCUCUCUCCUUUUCCUUCAAUCUCUACCCAUGCCUGCACCACAAGAUACACUGCUCCUCUAUCUCUCCGAUUCACAGCAAGAACACCGCCUGCGGUGGUGAUGUCGGCCGCAACCGUCGAAGCCGAGAAUCUGGAGGCCGUCGCAGCCACUCCGUCAAAGUCUUUGCCCUUCCGGGUAGGCCACGGCUUCGAUCUUCACAGAUUGGAACCAGGUUACCCACUCAUCAUCGGUGGAGUCAAUAUACCACACGAAAGAGGUUGCGAAGCUCAUUCCGAUGGGGACGUGUUGCUUCACUGUGUUGUUGAUGCAAUUUUGGGGGCUUUGGGGCUUCCGGAUAUUGGACAGAUAUUUCCGGACUCCGACCCUAAAUGGAAAGGGGCUGCAUCUUCUAUUUUCAUGAAAGAAACUGUCCGGCUGAUGCAUGGGGCAGGUUAUGAGGUGGGAAACUUAGAUGCCACAUUAAUUCUUGAAAGACCAAAGCUGAGCCCGCACAAGGAGGCUAUCCGUGCCAACUUGUCUCAGCUGCUUGAUGCGGACCCUUCUGUUGUAAACCUGAAAGCAAAAACUCACGAGAAGGUGGACAGCCUUGGGGAGAACAGGAGUAUUGCGGCUCACACAGUCGUUCUUCUUAUGAGGAAGUAG